AUGCCGCCUCCCUCCCGCGUCCCUGCCGACGCCGAUCGCGCGCGCGCGCGCCGCGAAACGCGCCGCGACGCUUCGUCGUCGGCGACCGACCGACCGCCGUCGUUCGCGCGUUCCCUCCGCGUCGGCAUCGCGAGCGGCGCGUGCGCCGGCAUCGCGUGCCAGCUCGUGCUGUUCCCGCUGAACACGCUCAAGACGCGCGCGCAGGCGGGCGGGCGAUUGACCGCGGACCGGCUGUACGGCGGCGUCGCGGCGGAGCUGCUCGGCGCGGCGCCGGGCACCGCGUUGUUCAUGUCGGCGUACGAGUGCGCGAAGAGCACGCUCGGGUUGGACCCGUCGAUCGCGGCGAUGCUCGGCGCGCUGGCGUCGAGCGCGGUGCUGGCGCCGAUGGAGCUGAUCGCGCGGCGAAUGCAAGUGUCGCGGUUGAGCCUGGCGACGGCGGCGAGGCUGUCGGCGAGACGAGGAGAGCUGUUCGCGGGAUUCGGAAGCUUUCUGGCGAGGGAACUGCCGUUCGACACGAUCCAGAUGAGCGCGUUCGAGGCGAUGAAACGAGCGACGCUGGCGAUCGAGGGCGCGGCGGCGGACGAGAGCGGGAAGAAGACGAAGAAGAAGAGAGCGCUGGGGAAGCGACAGACGGCGAUCAUCGGCGGCGUCGCGGGCGGUCUCACGGGAUUGGUGACGACGCCGUUUGACGUCUCGCGCACGGCGCACGUGUGCGCGUCUUCGAUGGGAAUCGAUCUCAAGACGCAUCCAAAGGGAUUGGCGGGGUUGAAACGACUGAAGGAGAGGUUCGGGAUGUCGUUUUUCUUUCGCGGCGCGGCGCCGCGCGCGCUGGAAAUCGGUUUGGGCGGGGUGAUUUACUUCACCGUCAUCGAAACCACGAGGAGGUACUUUGAGUCGUCGUCCAGAGAGACGAAAGACGCGAAGGUUUUGAAAACCGUGUAG